AUGAAAGUCAAUAAUUUUCUCUAUCUGCACCUACCACUUUUAGUCAGCGGGGUUCCGACAAUUCAGAUCCAUGGAAAUAAAUUCUUUUAUGACAAUGGAACCCAGUUUUAUAUCAAAGGUGUCGCAUAUCAAAAGGAUACAUCUGAUCUUUCAUUAGGAGAGAUGUAUGUGGAUCCCUUAGCAAAUGAAGCUGCAUGUAAAAGAGAUAUUCCAUACCUUCAAGAGCUUCACACAAACUUGAUCAGAGUUUACGCAAUUCAUAGUUCUAAAUCGCAUGAUGCUUGUAUGAACAUGCUUUCAAACGCUGGAAUUUAUGUUUUAGCCGAUUUAUCAUCACCGAAUGAAUCAAUCAUUACUUCUGACCCUUCAUGGAAUACGGAUAUUUACAGAAGAUACACAUCCGUAAUUGACUCUUUACAAAAAUACGAUAAUGUUCUUGGCUUCUUUGCAGGAAAUGAGGUAAUUACAAAUUACACAAACACCGGAGCUGCUCCUUAUAUUAAGGCCGCAAUUCGUGAUGUAAAGAAAUACAUGGUUGACAAAGGCUAUAGAAACAUUCCAGUGGGAUACUCGGCAAACGAUGACGCAGACACUAGAGAGAAGUCAGCAAGGUACUUUGCCUGUGGUAACGAAACAGAAAGAGCAGACUUUUAUGGAAUUAACAUGUAUGAAUGGUGUGGAUACUCUUCUUUUAAGACUUCGGGGUAUGAAGAAAGAACCAAAGAAUUUUCAGACUUGAAUAUACCUGUAUUUUUUUCUGAAUAUGGCUGUAACAGUAUAAGGCCUCGUAAAUUUACAGAGGUCGAGGCCUUAUUUUCCGAACAAAUGACUGAUGUUUGGGCCGGCGGAAUUGUUUACAUGUACUUUGAAGAGGAAAACAAGUAUGGUCUUGCUUCAGUUAAAGAUGGGAAAAUUUCAACACUAGAAGACUUCAAGAACUUGAAAACACGGAUGGAAGGUAUUAAUCCAACUGUUGGUAGUUACUUUACUACGAGUAAGACCGAAACAACUGCAAGCUGUCCAACGACCAACAAAUAUUGGCAGGUAAGUCCAGUAUUACCUCCUACGCCCAAUGAUGAACUUUGUCAAUGCCUCGAAAAAACACUUUCAUGCGUUGCUUCGCAUAAACUUAAAGAAAAAGAAUUUGGAAAGCUCUUUGCAACAGUAUGUGGAAUGGUGGACUGUUCUGAGAUUACUUCAAAUAGCAGCUCAUUUGGAACCUUCUCAUUUUGUUCUCCAAGGCAGAAACUUUCGUUUGUGAUGGAUAAAUACUACAAGAGCCAGGAAGAAGAGGAAACGGCAUGUAAUUUUAAUGGGGCUGCAAGUAUUGCAAGAGUGUAUGGUCAACCAAAAACUUGCUACCAAAUGAUUUAUUCAGCUACGGCAACUCCAGAUGAAGAAGAAUCCGAUAAAGGAUAUACAAAUCUUUCAGCAUCUCUAUCUCCGGUUUAUACUAAUACCAUUUACCUGUGUGUGAUCUCGGUGACUAUUGGAAUCCUUACCCUUUGUGCUACCCUUGCUUAA